AUGGUGUGCCACAGAUGGACUCUAGCUCUAAUUUUAUUCGGCCUUCCUAUAUUAGCUACAGUAAGCGCAUUCCGCGUGCGCUUAACUGGAAGUGUUUCUGAAGUUAAGCCCGAUUUAAAAAAACACAAAUGUGAGAAUUGUGAUAUUGGUGACCUUAACUUUGACCGAGUAGAUAGUGUUAGAAAGAGUGAGAAGAUUCCGUACGAUAAUGUGAAAAGUAUUCUUAGUGAAAAACGAGAUUUGAUUAGUGAGAAGUUAAAAAAAAUAAGCCAUAACACUGUAAAAUCUCAAGAUGAUCUUGAUGAAACCGAACAGAAUAAGGUUAUGGGCAAAAAUGAACACGAUAUUUCAGACCACUUAAAAAAAGAUAAAGAAUCGAAAACAAGAGUAAAGAAACCGUCAAUAAUCUUAGACUUUUCUGAUGACGAUGACAGUGAUAUUAACGAAGACGACGAUGACGAGGACGAAGAUGACAUAAAAAAAGUAGUGAAAGAUGAUUACAAGAAGAAAGUAGAUGUAGUUCCAAAACUUAUACCUAAAAUAGAAAAACUUGUAGAGCUACCAAAAUCGAAGGAUAAACUGGUUGUAAAAAAUGAAAAAAUAUCCGACAAAAAAGAACCAAGUAAGAAUGAACCAUCUGCACAAAUUCAAGAAGAAUCGUUUAAAGAUAUUAAUAUUAAAAAUGUUAAAACUAUUGUUAAAGAUAAAAAAGUAAGCAAAGACGUCGAGAAAAAAAGUAAGAGUAAUGAAAAUGAUUUAAGCAAAAGAAAAAUUGAGAUUAAAAUAGAAGAAAAAGAUACUGACAAAAUGAAUGUAAAACAAACUAAAAAAUUAUCAGAAGAUGAUACAAGUAUAAAAGAUGGUGAAAAAAAACACAUAAGUAGUAAGACUUCACAAAAAAAAGAAGAAUUUGUGAAUGAGAGUGCUAAAGAGAAAAAGAAUGAACAAUCGUCGAAAACGCCAUCGGAUUUUAAAGAAAAUAUUGAUGAGGAGUCCAGAAAAGAUAAAACUACAAAAGUAGUCGACGCUAAAAAAAAAGAUAUUGUAGAUAAGAGUUCUUCGAAAGACAUUCGUCCCAUCUCCGAUGCAUUACAAAGAAAAAAUUUGUUACAUAGUGAGUUUGAAGACUUCUAUUCCUUCUUACCUACUUUUGCACCAAAUGUUACACGAAUACAUAAUCCAGAAUGUCGACGACAUGGACAAAUACUUUUAAGACAGCUACGUGGAAGUAAGCUUUGGGCUUUAAAAAUGCUAGAUGCUACAGCGAAGUUUCCCUCGGGGUUUCUUCAAGGUAAUGGAAUCCAGUUGGGGGAUUUUGACCAGUGUUUGGGGGUACGAGCUAGAGUACAACUGGACACUGGCAGCGUGGUUAGAUUACAAGGAAAAUAUUGUCUAGCUAUGAUCGAUGUCAAAGCAGAACAUCCGGAACUUGAAAUACCAGUUCACUUGGCACAAGGCAAAAAUUUGUUUAAAAGUCGUAUCGAUGAUCCAGGUCACUUCGUGCCUAGGUUUUCAACCUUGAGUUGGGGAGUGUGCAUACCAUCGGCUUGUACUUCAGAAGAUGUGGAGGUGGUUCUGAGAGAUGCUGUUAAACAUUAUCAAUACAAGACUGGCAUUAGUACAAGGAUCAGAGUUGAUGAACAUGAUUGUUUUACUAGAAAAGGAAGUAAUUGGUGGAAGGAAUGGUUAGAGUUACCGACUAUUAUAACUUUAUCCUUAUACGCGUUGGUAAUCCUGAUAGUUCUGAUAGCGACAGUCCAAGAUAUGUUAGCUAGAAAUGAAUCUAACCACGAGGAACAUGAAGAGGAGGAAAAAGAGAUGAAAAAGCAAGAAACCAAAACCAGUUCAGGUGGCGUCCUGAGCUGUUUUUCUUUGUACCACACGCUGAAUAAGCUUGUAGCACCAGCAAGCGAGGAUGAGAUAGCUUGCAUCCAUGGCAUUCGAGCUGUUGUAACUGUGGCACUCAUCGUCGCUCAUAAGUUUCUACCGAUGGCUUUAACACCAUACACCAACCGCAUACGUUUGAGUGAGAUUUUAACGUCCUCUUUGUUGUCCUGGUGCAGAGCUGGCUGGAUCUUCACAGAUUGCUUCCUCCUGAUAAGUGGGACUCUCACUUCAUACAGAAAGUCUCCAAGUGAUAAUGUCGCAGCAAAAUUAUUAUCCAGAUUUAUCAGAUUAACACCAGCUCUUUUAGCAAUAGUUUUAUUCUACGCUUAUGUUUGGGACAAUAUAUCCUCGGGUCCCAUGUGGGGGACUCUCGUUUGGAAAAACUCUCAGUUGUGUCGCGAUGGAUGGUGGUGGAAUAUACUAUACGUGCAGAACUACUUUGGAUUUGAAGAUAUGUGUGCUCCUCAAACCCAUCACAUGGCUAUGGAUUUUCAACUGACGAUCUUAGGAAGUAUAAUUGUGUGGAUGAUUCAAUCUGAAGUUCCCUUUGCGGGUACAUUGCUGCCGACGUUACAUGUGCUGUCUGCGUACUCCAGAUACACGACUGUACGGGAUCAUCGAUUGACACUCCUGGCUUAUCAAGGAGUCAGUGUCAGCCAACUAUACAGGACAGGUCGUUUGAGCUACACGUCUAUUUAUCAUCGAUGUUCGCCCUACUUGAUCGGACUAAGCUUAGGGCUUUAUCUCAGAAACCGCUCACGUCUCACUAAGCCAUUAGUAUACUUAGGUUGGUUCAUCUGUGGCACUUUAUGGGGGGUAAUAUUUUGGGCGGGUUAUGAUUCCGGGUACCUUGAUUAUCGAUAUGAUGUCACAUACGCCGCACAAUAUGCAACGCUUGCACCCGUCGCCGCUGCGUUAGGGUUUGCCUGGAUAAUCUAUGCUGCUCAAAAUGGACACUCUGAAAUUCUAUCUCGAAUGCUUUCCGGUCGUCCACUUCUAUUUAUAAGUAGAAUAUCAUAUGCUCUUUAUUUGGUACAAUUUGUUGUCUACCUUACAAACACCGCCUCUAUUAAGACUUCAAGGGAGUUUUCUCUUACAUCGCUGAUUGAUCUUCAAGAGAUCAUUACUAUUCUAGUAUCUUCCAUAAUUCUCACCGUGACCUUGGUACUUCCACUACAGUCACUACCAAAGUUAUUUGAAGCUACAGCAAACGAUAACUUGGAAAGUAACGAUAAUGAAGAUGUUUCAGAAUAUAACAAUUUGCAAGAAAAGUUAGAAUCGAGAAAUAAAACAGAUGAGAAGGAAUUAAUUUCAGAAUCAAUUCAACCAAGGCGAUCAUUUUUAGCUCAUCGAGAAGUUUUGGAAGAAAUACCAGAAGCCGAAGUAGAAUAUGAGAUACAAAGAGAUUCACAUGACGGUUUGGAAGAAAUUUUAGAAGAGGAAGAUGACGAAAUGAUGGAUCGAGAGGAAGAUGAUUUAGAAGUUAUUGAGGAAGAACAGGGGGGUGAAGAAGAUUUUUGGGCAGAUAGAGAAGAAUAUUCACCAAGUCAUUUAAGAAAUGGCGAUCAAGAAGUUGACGAGUGGGAGUGGACUGCAAAUGGUAACGAUGGAACAGGAAGUCAACAUUACCGGUUUAACAGAUAA